AUGGCCGAGCUCUUCUCGAGCAUUGCCAAUGCGGCCAAGUCGAUCACCCAGAACACCGAUAUUCGGCAGUUCACCGAUAAAAUCCAAGGAAUGGUCAUGAAUUUGACUCCGGUUGAGCAGUGUGUUUGGGAUGCGACGAAUGAGGAACCUUGGGGACCGACUGGACCACAAAUGAAAGAAGUCUGCAAUUACACAUAUCAAUACGAUCAAUUCUUUGGUGUAAUGAACAUGCUUUACAAGAGAAUGCUCGAGGAUAACAAAAACGCUUGGCGACGGGUUUACAAGAGUUUGGUUUUAUUGAACUAUUUGAUUCAACACGGUUCUGAACGGGUGAUCUCAAGUGCAAAGGAUAAUCUCUUCCACAUUCGAGCCUUAGAAAGCUUUAAGUACACAGAUGAGAAGGGAAAAGAUCAAGGGAUAAAUAUCCGACAUCGCGCGAAAAUCGUGAUCGAUUUGCUUCAAGAUGACGACAAAUUGAGAGCCGAGCGAAAGAAGGCGAAAGGAGAUUCGAAAGAGAAAUAUCAGGGCUACACCCCGGAUGACAUUCGAAUGGGUCGAGGAGGGCAACAUAGUACCAACAGUGAAAAGUGGGACGAUGACUUCAAAAAGUACGACAAACGAAAGUACUCGUGGGAGAAAAGCGGCGAUGAUAAAAGAGAAGAAGAAGUGAACGAUUUCGAAUUUCCUGAUGAGAGAAGAAGGGAUUCGGCUAGUCCGGAGCUCGGUUUUCGGGAUGAGAAAAAGAAAUCCACGCCCGAUGAUGACGAUUUUGGAGACUUUGCUUCAGCGAGAUCAUCAAGUGCAAAGCCGCAGUUCUCACCGGCAAGCUCAACUCCAUCAAAACUCUCAGCUCCUCCAUCCUCCUCACUUGGUCGAAUCGCAGUACCAGGAUCGGCAUCAGUGACAGCAAAAGUUUCUCCAAGAGUUUCCGUUCCAGCUCCUCCACAACCGAUUGCUGCCACGUUUGAUCUAUUGAGUCUCGAUGGACCACAGGCGGCUCCGCAAGUUUCCCCAGCACCAGCUGUUGACUUCUUUGCUUCAACUCCGAUUUCCGCUCCAACUGUGACAAAUGCAACUCGUCCACCUCGUCCCCCAAGUGGUGACGGGAUUUCAUCACCAGUUCCUACUAAUGGUUCAGCUGCUCAGCCAAGCAACGGUUUGCAGAGUGUUGAUCUUUUUGGUAGCCACUCAGCCGCUCCUUCGACCGAUUUCGGUGAUUUCGGGUCAUUCUCGGCCGUUCCAACUCCCUCAAUGCCACUUUCAAAUACCGUGUCCGCCGGAUUGGACUUCUUCAUGAACGACCCAAUCAAGCCGACUUCUGGAGUUAGCCUCGCGCCAUCGAUCUCUUUCCCAAUGGGACAAGGUGGUCCUUCACUCGCGCAAGCCGCAAAUUCAAGUCCCACUGCACCGGCGAAUCAAGCUAAAGUCGGAACAACAUGGGCGGGCACUUCUGGGUUGAUCGAUUUGGACAACUUGGGUAAUCGAAAUCCACAGAAAAAACCGGGAGUGCCGAUGAAUCAGAUGCAAUCGAAAACACCAACAAAUCAAGGUGGACUCUGG